UUGUCCCUAGCCCUCCGAUGAUGCGACCACACCAACGGAUUAUAAUACGGUAACGAAACUUAAAAUCGAACAAUAGAGGGCGUCAUUCAUUGCAACAAGAGAGGAUCGAUCGGAGCCAGCGCAACCGGUCAUCAAUUCAUAUCGCGAUCGUGCAUCAUUAUCCAGCUCAAUAGUGCACCAUGGAGAAAUCGAGCCUCAAAAUUUCCUCGUGAAAUUACAUGAAGAUUAGACGUCUCAAAGGAGCAGUUUGUUUGCUGAGUGUUGUACGCACAAGUGUACGCACUCCGUUUAACCGAUGAAAACAGUUCACCUGACCAAUAUAUGCGCCAACAGAUUUUUAUCCCUGCAUGAGACAGCUGCGAUUACCCUUGCAUACGAUGCAGUUUUGUGUGUAGUUUACAUGAUGAAGGCUUGACACAUUGAGUGCGCUGAGUGCCCGGUGAAUGAUGAAUUAGUACUUGUUCCAGGUAUGUUGCUGUUUUUGUGUUGCAGAGUACAUGAAUAACCUUGGACCUCUAACAAAUACAUUCUACUGAAUGGCUUUCUGUUUGACAUUGCGGAUGAAAUGUUUCUCCCAACUGACUCGCAUCUACUCAUCAAAUGCCAGUAACUUUGUUGGGUUGCAUUGUAUCCCUGCAAUAGCCAUGGCAACUUUCCAAAAGAACACUGGGGACAUGUUCCUGCCACCGGUCUUGACCUUAGCUGAUGAAGGAGGAAUGCUGAACCGCGACCUGUUUGUGAAAACAAUUCUCCUCCCAGCUGUACGCUUUAAUAAGAAGCUAACCAACACAUGCCUGAAGGCUCUUAAACCCAAGGCAGUGGCACAUAAGCCGUUGAGAAACAGCCCAAGUGACCCAGAAGAGAAAGUUCUCCUCCUAAACCCAGAGAUUGUCUCAUCGGACAACGUCAUCUCACUGGGAGAAGCUGGCAUAACAUUUCUUGAGGAGCACAACUUAGAAAGUAAAUUUGGAGAUUUCCCACUGGAGUUGAAGUACAGUGACUGGACCAGUGAUGAAGUUCUUCGGUCUUUGCUUCCUAAAGGCGUGGAGGUACCAACGGGCUUUAGUCGAAUUGGUCACAUUGCUCAUCUCAAUCUCAGACCUGAGCAACUCAAGUACAAGCAUGUUAUUGGGGAAGUUCUAAUGGACAAGAAUCCUGGAUUGAAAACUGUUGUAAACAAGACUGGGGAAAUCAACAAUGAGUUCCGCUUUUUCAACAUGGAGCUACUAGCUGGGGAGAACAACAUGAUCACCACAACAAAGGAGCAUGGCCACUCUUUUGAAUUUGACUUCUCCAAGGUUUACUGGAAUCCUCGCCUCUCAACUGAGCACACAAGAAUUGUGGGCAUGCUAAACAAGGGUGAUAUUGUGUAUGAUAUGUUUGCAGGGGUGGGGCCUUUUGCCGUACCUGCCGCCAAGAAGGGUUGUUCAGUCCUGGCCAGCGAUCUCAACCCGGAAUCAUUUAAGUGGCUGGAACGAAAUGUCAAACUCAACAAAAUUAAUACGGGAUCAAUAAGGACGUAUAACUUGGAUGGCAGGGAGUUCAUCAGAGACAUUGUACGGAAAGACCUGGUCAAGAGAGCAGAAGAGCAGAAUACAUGUUGUGAUCCUCAUCAAAGAACUCAUGUCAUCAUGAACUUGCCUUCACUGGCCAUUGAAUUUCUGGACGUUUUUCCCAGCCUCUUGCAGAGUAUACCGACUGGUGUCAGGGGUCAUGUUCAGCUACCCACAGUGCAUUGCUACUGCUUUUCAAAGGAGGUGGAUACAGCUAGUGAUGUGCUACGGCGCAUUGAGGCAGUUUUGAGUCACAGCAUUGAGGGAGCCCUCGUCCAUGAUGUCAGAGAUGUGGCACCCAAUAAGGAGAUGAUGUGUGUGUCAUUCAAAGUGCCAGCACCAGUCAUAUUUGGAUGCAGCACAGAAGAUUUAUAUGAGGCAACAGAAGCACCACCAGUGAAGAAAUCCAGAACAGAAUGAGAGGAAUACUUCACUUCAUUUUCCGACAUUUUUUUUCUCGGAUACAUGUACAGUGGAAACAACACGUAAACGUACAUGAGCAUUUCCAUCUUUUUCCAACGUGCAACUACUUCCGCUGGAGUCACAUUGCAGUCUGGAAUUUAUUGUUGAUACAUGCUUGAAUGUGCUGUACAGCACAUUCAAGCAUGUAGCAAAAACUUGUUUUUAUACAUGUUUUUAACUGGCCUUCAUCCUAUAGACCAAUCCGGACACACUAUCAAUACAAUCACGAAGGCCUCCUUCAAUGGCGAAGUAUUGUGCUAGCUACUGUUCAGACAAUUGUAAUCUGUCAUCUGUAUCUGUAUGGAUUUCCUCCAGCAAAACAGCUACAGCCGCAUCCCGCUAGAGUUGGCGUGGCGCAGGGUAGUUGCUUUGUACAAUAGUGUGCACGAUGGUUUCUCCAUAGGAGGGAGCCUUGUGAGUGUACAGAUACACAAUGCAAUAUGUGUGUUGAUAAAAUUGGUGGUUGCACGCCAUUCACGAAGCUAAUAUUUGGUGGCAUUCAGCUGGCAGGGCUAGAGGUGGAAUGCCAGAGAUUUACUUAAGUUGUUAC